AGCCAAGUAAAGCAACUUACAAAUUAUAAAUAAAACAAAUUAUCUGAGUGGCAAAUUCAAGUUUUUAUCUAAUUUUUCCCGAAAGAAAAGGAGUGCAAAAUUUUCGCUGUUAUACAGAAAGCCAGACCCCUACAUAUACACAUAUAUAUUAUAUAUAUAUAUCUGUAAUCUACAGAUAUAUAUGGGAGCCUAUAUAUAUAAUAAUCAAGAAUCCUUAAGACAAGUCAAGACGAAGUUACGCGAAUGUGCGCUUUUGGUUACUUAUUGUUUUUUGCCCUAUUGUUAACAACAAUUUUGGUGCUGUCCAUCAUUUUUGCCACCACCUCGAAGCGUUCCAUGUUGGAUAGCUUUAUACUAGUAUUCAAUUACACACAAGAACAUCAGCCAGAUCAAGAAAUGCAACAACAACAAAUGGACUAUCAGCAGCAACCGCAAAUGUUCUUGAAACAGAAAAUAUUUUGAGUUCUAUAAGUUCCAAAAAAGAAAGCCCCGAAAAAUAAAACGAAACAGAAAAAAAAUAACAAUUGGACUCUAGUGUAGGCGAGUUAAAGAAUUUGCUGGUCAAGUGAAGGAGCUACUGAAAAAUAUAAAAAUUAAAUAUAAAAGUGGCUUUUAAAAUACAAUAAAAAAACGUAAC